GUGGGCGAGGGACGCCAUGACAGUCGUCGUAUUUUCUGUUAACUGCGAGCACGUAUGCUCUUGUCAGCGUUUUCGUGAAAUUCUUGCGCAGCUUGGCGUCUAUCUGGUUCAAAAUUGGCAAGCCCGUUUCCUGAAUUCGGCGAACUUUCCUUUGAAUAUAUUCUGGAGGUGGAGGGCGAGGGCGCGUGGCCAUUAUCAGGGAUUUGCUUGUGGGUACCCGUGGCGAGGUGAGACGUCGAGAGGCGGCGAAAGGCGUCCCCCCCUGCGUCGGGACGCGCGUCUCCCUGUAUACGAGACGGCCUAGGGCCGACGAAGCGAGAUGCCAGAACCGCCGACGGCACCGUACACCACGUGAGUCCACCCUCCGAGCUCUCUCGAUUAUCGCCUCGGCCCUCUUGAGCGAUUUCUAUAAAUCCCCUUACCCCGAAUCCCGAGGAACCUCCAUCUUGUAGCCUCUUGUCCUCGUUCUACAAGUCACGAUAAUUGACGCGUCAUAUGCCUGAGACACCAGAAGAUGGUGCCCGUGAACCCUCUCUCGAGUACGAGGGGAUCUACGGCGAGUCCUGGCAAAUGUGGAAAUACAGCUGCGUACUCAUUCGAGCCGCUGGAUGAGAAAUGAAAUAUAUCAAAAACAUUUAAUUAGUAUCCUUCAGUGAAUAAAGAUGAAUAGUGAGCAGCAUGCAUUGCCAGCGACUACGCAGGCACAACAAGAGGAUGUAAACGCGGGUCAAAGUGGUCGUCCUUCAUACCCAGGUGGUUUGGCUACAGCAACCAGUCUUGGCAAUGUAGGGAGUACCCCGCAUUCAUCCGCGGACCUGCGUGUAGGUACAGCCGUAGCGUUAGCCUCCUCGGUAGCUAAAUAUUGGGUCCUCACCAAUCUAUUUCCUGGACCGCUACCUCAGGUCUCGGUCUAUCAUCAUUCCCACCACAACUCCUCACAUAGGAGUAGUGGAGGUGGAGAGGCAUCUUCCAAAGAGCCAGCCUCUUCAUUGAACCAAGAAAUGGCGUUGACUUCCAGUUCACAUCAUCAGUCAACACCUACACACCAUCAUCAUCAACCUUCAGUUAGCAGUAGCAGUCAUCAUAGUUCUUUACAACCAAACCCACAGCAGAUACCAGUUUCUCUGUCAGGCCUUAAUUUAGACGGAGCACAUAUACCUGCCAGCGUCGGUCAUUUACAGGCAGCACAUGCACAAAUGCAGCAACAAAUGCAGGCAGCACAACAGCAACAGUUGCAUCAGCAGCAGCAACCUCAACAGCAGCAGCAGCAGCAGCAACAACCACCUCACCAUCAAAUGCAAAAUCAUCAAAAUGCUCAGAACAAUGGACCAACUGCACAUAAUCAAAACGCACAGCGAGAUGAUAACAAGGUGAAAGAUGAAGGUGGAAGUUGCACGACUGAACGUUGCAGUGACAAUCAAGUUCAUUGUCAAGUUCAAUGUGACCUCCAAUUACAAACAUCUCAAGAUUUGCAACAAAGCCUUAUGCAACAGCAACAACAGCAGCAACAGCAACAACAAAUUGGUGUGAACAUAAGUGGAAACUCAUCAAACGAAGGUGGAAGUCAAAAUAAUACUGAAAAACCUGAAAAGGAAAAAGAACUGCGUCAACUUAAUAUGACGCAAUUCCAAGUGCCAGAUUUAAAACCAGGAGGUCAUAUGAUGGAUGUGAGAACAGCUGAUGGUUCAGUUGUAAAAAUCAGUGCUGGAAAUGAGCAAGACUUAGCAAAAACACUUGGUGUUGAAAUGGUGCAAAAUAUGUAUAAGGUAAAUGUUGAGGAUAUUAAUCAGCUAUUAGCAUAUCAUGAAGUGUUUGGAAAACUACAAAGUGAAAUAGCAGCUGGUACAACCUUGGUUGGAAGUACUGUUCCUACUCAAACAGUUACCACUAUACAAAAUGGAACUCCAAUUGUACAACAAGUUCAAUUAAAUAAGUUCGAUAUUAAAUCAAGCGAUGGUGAAGCUACACCAGGACCAAGUGCUUCGCCAGUAUCAGUUGGAAGUCAUGCAUGUGAAAUAUGUGGAAAAAUUUUUCAGUUUCGCUAUCAGCUUAUUGUACAUCGUCGAUACCACACGGAAAGAAAACCUUUUACUUGUCAGGUGUGUGGCAAGGCCUUUUUAAAUGCAAAUGAUUUGACAAGACAUGGGAAAUGUCACUUGGGCGGAUCUAUGUUUACUUGUACAGUUUGUUUUCAUGUAUUUGCAAAUGCACCAUCUUUGGAACGUCAUAUGAAACGACACGCUACUGAUAAACCAUAUAAUUGUACUGUAUGUGGAAAAAGUUUUGCAAGAAAAGAACAUUUGGAUAAUCAUACACGUUGUCAUACUGGAGAAACACCUUACAGGUGCCAGUAUUGUUCAAAGACGUUUACAAGAAAAGAACAUAUGGUAAAUCAUGUUCGAAAACAUACAGGUGAAACACCUCAUCGAUGUGAUAUUUGUAAAAAGAGCUUUACCCGCAAAGAACAUUUUAUGAACCAUGUUAUGUGGCAUACGGGAGAAACUCCUCACCAUUGUCAAGCUUGUGGCAAGAAAUAUACACGUAAAGAACAUCUCGCAAAUCAUAUGCGUUCACAUACCAAUGAUACACCAUUUCGCUGUGAAAUAUGCGGUAAGUCGUUUACGAGAAAGGAGCACUUCACGAACCACAUAAUGUGGCACACGGGUGAGACGCCGCACCGCUGUGAUUUCUGCUCGAAGACAUUCACUCGAAAGGAGCAUCUUUUGAACCACGUUCGCCAGCACACGGGUGAGUCUCCACACCGAUGCGGCUUCUGCUCCAAAUCGUUCACCAGAAAGGAACACCUUGUUAACCACAUCCGCCAACACACAGGAGAGACGCCCUUCCGCUGUCAGUACUGUCCGAAAGCAUUUACGCGGAAGGAUCAUCUGGUGAACCAUGUCAGGCAACACACGGGUGAGUCACCGCACAAGUGCCAGUAUUGCACCAAAUCCUUCACGAGGAAGGAACAUUUGACAAAUCACGUGCGUCAACACACAGGCGAAUCGCCACACCGAUGCCACUUCUGCUCCAAGUCAUUUACUCGUAAGGAGCAUUUGACGAAUCAUGUACGAAUCCAUACCGGCGAAUCACCGCAUAGGUGUGAAUUCUGUCAGAGAACGUUCACCAGGAAAGAACAUCUAAAUAAUCAUCUCCGUCAACAUACCGGAGAUUCAUCGCACUGUUGCAACGUGUGCUCUAAACCGUUUACAAGAAAGGAACAUCUUGUAAAUCAUAUGCGAUGUCAUACUGGUGAACGUCCAUUUGUAUGCACAGAAUGUGGCAAAAGCUUCCCAUUGAAGGGUAACCUACUUUUCCACAUGCGUUCGCACAAUAAAGGCAAUAAUGCUGAGAGACCGUUCCGUUGCGACCUAUGCCCAAAAGACUUUAUGUGCAAAGGGCACUUAGUGUCUCACAGACGGUCGCACUCGGACGAACGACCACACAGCUGUCCAGAUUGCGGGAAAACGUUCGUUGAGAAGGGCAAUAUGCUCAGACAUUUGAGAAAACACGCGGCAGAAGGGCCGCCAACGCAAGUUAGUACGCCCUCUGCAAUUCCUCAAUCCGGUGUUCUGCCGAUUCCGGCAGCAGCAGUUCUGGUCGGCCAUCCUUUGGCGCCCCCUGCACCACCCGUAGUGCCGCAACAUACCGUUGUUGUACCUACUCCUCCAGGUGUAUUGACCUCCUACUAAACCAAAUGAAAAGAGCAAGCAUGUGAAGGAAAAAACAGAAAACGCAUUUUUCAUAAGAAGAAGAGAUAGUGAGUGUAUACAUGAUGAAUGUUUAUGUUUGUUAAUCAAAGAAAGUGCGCCGUUGAGUUUUUUUUUCUCGUUCGUCUGCUCUAUUUUCGAAGAGGAAGAAGAGAAAGACUGUUGAAACUCGCAAUUUCUACGGGCACGAAAGUGAGUUGAUUGAUAAAGUGUUGUUAUGCGAUAGAAAGAUCGUUGUGAAUCGUAACUACAGCGCCCCAUUAUUCUCGUUUCAAACGUUCUUAUCGCAAUGCUCGUACAGAAAAAAACGAGAGAAGUUUAUGUAAACUUCAUAAGUUUUGAACAGUUGAACGUGCUGCUAUGAACGAUAGCAGUGUAUUAUCCAAAGUUUGAAUUUCUUUGUUUCUGUUUCUAUUCUUCUUCUUUUUUCUUUUUUUUAUGAUAACUUUAAUAGAUCGUUUACGAAGAGGAAGAAUAAUCGAUAUGUGUUAUCGAGUUCCGCGAGAUUCCGGGUCUCUGCGAUUUGAUGAUGGGCACACGUAACUUUGCUAUUAAUUCGAUUACGAUUAGAGAUUAACUGCGGUAACGAUAUG